AGGUUGUAUUCUACAUCAUGGAACAGACCUCGUCAGGUCACAAUGUUGACACAAUGUUCCAGAUACUCACACAGUGCUCAGCACUUUCCAAUCCCUGAAAGCCUCUUCGAGAAGGCUGCUGUGCAGCCUUAUGUCCACAACUGCUUUGUCACUAUACACGAAGGGAGACACACUUAUCAAUUCUGUAUAUUCUUCAAACAGCAUCUUCAUCUCAGAACCAAUUCACUCCUCAGCAAUAAUGAUCAUCAGUUCCAAGGUGACACAGUAGUUACAAGGAUUGGAGUUAAAAAUUCUGUUGUGAACAUGUGA